UUAAAUGGUACUAAGUUGUCGGACUGCGACACACCGAAAAUAGAAGAAUAUUUGCUUUGAUGCGAAAAAUGAUUCCAGAAGUAUUUUGAAAUCAUCAGAAGAUUCUGCAUCUCUUCACAUAUUUUUCAAAAUUUUGCAGUCAAGUCUUCUAGGGAAAUUUUUCUGUGCAAUAAACUGAUAAAUCUAAAACAACCUAACUUGUGAACCUGUUUUCCACAGACUUUAGUUUUUUGGCUAUGAAAACCGUAAGAUGUUCGGAAUCGAGGGUUUUAGUCUUAUUAUCUUACACCUAACUAAAUUCUGCAUUAUUGAUACAUAAAUAAAGUUUCUCAAUUGAAAUCAUUAAUUAAGAAAAUUAAUUUAAUUUGAGAAAAUUGAAAAGCCGAUUGCGAACUAAUUAUAAGUCCAGUCGAUGUGGCGAAAGAUUGUAUGAAAUUGUAAAUGAGUGAGAUCCAUAGAGCAUCAAAUUCUCUAUCUUUCUAUCUGUGAACUAUUGAACCUCAGACAAAGGGCUAAAAAAUCUCAAAAAAAGGAGAUGAAAAAAGCACGUCGCAGCGCAAUAACUCAGCACUAUUCAAUAUUUUGAAUGAUACUCAAACAAGAAAAAUGCUAUCCGAUUGAAAUAGCUGGUUUUGUAGAGAAUUCAAUUCUCUAUUGAAUGAGCAUAAAACUAAGUUCUGGAAGUGUAUCUGAUUUUCAGAAUACAAAAACGGGAAUAUUUCUGUUAAUGACAAUAAUUAACAAACGUUUAAUUUAUUUUAGACUACUACAGUGGUAAGUUUCGCGUUUAGCGCAUCGCCACCACCAUCACUAUUACCAUCAACAACAAAUAGUUCGACACUCGAUGAUCGUAUUGCUCUUCAAUUUUGCACCAUACAAAAGGAGUUUCGUCGAAAAAUUUCAUCAUCAUUUUCUGAUUUUUUUUCGAAACCAUAUGCUGAUAUGGUUUUCAAAAAAUUAGAUGAGAAUGUUGGUAUAGCUCUACCGAAUUUUCCUAGCUUUCACAUUAUAGAAUCAUUAUAUAAAAUGGAACAACAUAAAUUACAAAAACCGUGCAUCGAUUUAUUAAAAGAAUUAUCGGAAUAUUUGAAGAAAACGUUGUUAUAUCUCUUGCAGAUAGUAUUUCAUGGGGAUAACAGUUAUGAUCAUCAUUUUGUAGAAUGUUUCACAAAUAUAAUUAUGAAAGAAAUUCAUCAAGCAGAAAAAGAGUGUCUGGCAGAUUUAAAACAGCAAUUAGAAAUUGAAGCACGUAUUUUCACAUUAAACUCCUAUUAUAUGGAUACAGUUAAUAAAAUAAAACGAGAGUUUUUGAAUUAUGAUGAACUCACUAAAUCAAACACAAAUUCAUCCGGUAAAAAGUUAAGAUCUACUAUUAAUUAUAAUGAAAAACGAGCGGCAUUUGAUGUUCAGAUAGCCGUAUUUGCAUAUUGUAAAGUAGUUGAAAAACGAAUGGUUGAUCAAAUAUCACAAUUAUGUUAUUAUUUUUUGAUAACAAAAUGUGCAUUAAUCAUUGAUUUAAAGCUGAGUACAACAUUCUCAUGGACCGAGUUACAUCGUAUAAUGGCUGAACCGUUCGAACAAAAACAGAAGAGAGAUGCAUUAGAAUUAAGUAUACGAAACUAUGAAGCAGCAUUAUGUCUGGGAGAGAGACAAAUAUAA